GUAGAUAUACUUCUGAGAGUCAUGCGGUCACACUGCACGCACCCGCGAUGCCGAAGAAAUAUACCGUGAGAAAUUUCUUCAUCAGGCUGCUGCGGCUCCCAGCCAUAAAAGUAUAAAUAAUGCAACGGUCACGCGCCAGCAGCACCAGCAGUGGGCGCCUGCAGGCGUCGCAACAGGUCCAGCCACUGGAUGCACCCAAAAUAAUUGUGAUACAUCCGGGGUCGCAGCAUUUGCGAAUUGGCCGGGCAUGUGACCUCAAUCCGCUGACUCUGCUCCAUGCGGUCGCCUACAAGCGCAAGCACCAGGAGGGCGACUGGCCCUACCACGACCCGAUGCUCCCAUCGCUGGACAACAUAAAUCCCGCCCAGCUGCAGGUCGAGUUCGAGGAGCAGCGGCUAAUCGCGUCGCGCAUACUUCAGAACUGUGUGAUCGACGACAAGCAGCGUCUGCGCGUGGCCACGCCGCCCCAGCAGCUGGCCCACUUCAAUCGGAAGAGCGUGGCCGAGAAGAUACCGCCGCCUGGGAAUCUCAGCGAAGAGCGGAACAGGCAGUGGCUGGACCGUAGCGCAUCGGUGCUGUUCGAUGAACAGAUCCUGAGGCUAAGCACCUUCGAUGCCCGCGACUACGACAUCCACUUCCCCAUCCAGCGGGGAGAACUCAAUGUCCACAGGCAGAAAGGUGGCUCCCUGCAGUGUACGUUGCAGCACAUGGAGCGCAUUUGGUCGUAUGCUCUGGAGGCACGACUGAAGAUCCAUUUGCGUGAUCUUCGCAGCCACUCGGCCGUUCUGGUGGUCAACGAUGUGUACGUGCGGCGGCACUUGCGUGAAUUUAUGAGCCUGCUGCUGCAGCGUCUCGGCUUCCAGCGCUGCUUCCUGGUGCAGGACAGUGUCGCCUCCACCUACGGGGCGGGCAUUGGCUUCGGCUGUGUGGUGGACAUUGGCGCCCAAAAGACAUCGAUUGCCUGCAUCGAGGAUGGCAUUUCCCAGCUGCACUCCCGCGUACGGCUGCAGUAUGGCGGGGGUGACAUUAACCAGGUGCUGCUCAUGCUGCUGCGCAAGUGCGGCUUCCCGUAUCGCGAGUGCAGCGUGCAGGACAGCUAUGUAGAUGCCCGGCUAAUGGACAAGCUGAAGGAGCGCUUCUGUCACCUCAAUGCCAAGGUGUGUGGGGCCCAGGAGAAGCAGUUCCAUCUGCGGAAACAGAAUGGCCAGUGGCUGCGCUACACCCUGCAGGUGGGCGACGAGGCAAUAAUGGCCCCGCUCGCCUUCUUCCACACCGAACUGCUCAACAUCACGGGCAAGGCGAGAAAGGCCCUCACACAGCAGCCGCCCCAGGAGGAGUACGACUGUGAAGAUUGCUUCGAUGCCGAGUAUCUGCGCGAGACGGCCCGAAAGAACGGAGCGCGUGGAGCGGAUGCAAUCGUUGCACCCCAUCUCAACCAGCCACGCCCCCUGCCACCGAUCACAGCCGAUGACGAGGAGUUGAAUGUGGUCGAUCAGGAUGAUCAGCCAAUGUCGAACGGCAUGGCCAUGGGGGGGCAUAGCCAAAAGCAUUUCACUGACACCACAAACGGAAUGUAUCAGUAUGGCCAGGGGCAGGUGAUGCCACUGGAUCAAGCCGUCCUCGAGGCCAUUGGACGUUGCGUCACCAGCGAGACAAAGCGCAAGAUGUACGGCUCCAUUCUGCUCGUGGGUAGCAGCGCAAAAAUACCAGGCCUAGCCGCCUGGCUGCAGAGCUGCAUCAGCCAGCAGGUGCAGCCCGGCAUCGAGGUGAGUGUGUUCACCAAGGGCAUGGAUGCGGGCAUGGUGGCAUGGAAGGGUGCGGCCAUAAUGUCGGUGCUCGAGAGUGCCAGGGAGCUGUGGAUAACGCAGGUGGACUGGAAUCGUCACGGUCUCCGGCUGCUCCGCGAGCGUUCGCCCUUCCUCUGGUGAUUCCCCCCACCCCACCUGCUGCAUGGCAUUUCGAAUAUGUUAAGGAUCUAAGUAAGUAGAAACUAAGUAAAAGUGGUAGUUAGUAGUACAAAUAAAGAUGCCAACCAAAGCACAA